AUGUUGGUCGGUUUGAUCGUUGAGCGAUAUGACGAUGAGCUUGUAAUAUAUUGCCGAUCAGGCGACUACCGAGUUUCCCUUCCUGAAUUUGGUGCUGAAUUCGAAGUGGGAACGUGGGUAGGAGUUAAAGUGUCUGAUGAUGAGGUUGAGAUCAGUGGGAUUCUUAACGUGGACGGUCUGCCAGAAGUCAGGGUUGUGUGUGGUAAAGCAGAGACUUUUGAGCCAACGAAUCUGCUGACAUUUCAGCAAUGUCCUGAUUCUCAAGAGCUUCUUCAUUAUUUGCAGUUAUACUUAAAAUGUGGCAGUCUGCAUCUCCGUCUCAACUACGAAGAGAGGAAUCUUUUCCAAAGAGUGAAAUGGGGCGUUUGUGAAGUCGCUGCAGUUAUUUCUUCAGUUCCGCACCAUCCACAUUCUGAUGCUGUUGAUCCUUUCGAUGAGAAUUGGCUACCUCGUUAUAUUCCGAAUUCGAACGAGGAGAGAAAAGGACGAUCGUGCCUGAAUAGAGUGCUAACUUCGCCACACCAUGUACGAGAAACUGAAAGAAUCCGUGAUGAAACAGUAUGCAUAAGAGAAGUUCCAGUUUCGCCGAAGACUUUCGACCGCAGGAGGAGACAGCGAGUAACUGCGUUAGCGAUGGUGAUGCUCUUUGAUGAGAAAAAGCGGCGACACAUAGUAUGGUUGCUCCAAUAUCAUGUGGAAGCCGUCUUUUAUCCAGAUCGCAACCUACAACCUGGCCACUUCUUCCAGGGACGAUUUGCUAUUGGUGGAUCUUUUAAGAACAAAUGUCAUGGUUACAUCCAGGAGAUUCCUAGACUUAUUGAAUGUUAUUUCGACAGAGCAACCAACGAGUUGGAGGUUAGUGCCUGCUCGUUAAUAUGUUUUCAGAAAUGA